CUGGGGUUGCGCGCUCAUCUCACAUUAUUGGCCGAGGGAGCCGGCAUAUAGCUUCCAGGUCAUGUGGCCAGCAUGACAAAGCCGCUUCUGGCAAACCAGAGCAGCACAUGGAAACGCCGUUUACCUUCCCUAUUUAUCUACUUGCAUUUUGAUGUGCUUUCGAACGGCUAGGUUGGCAGGAGCUGGGACCAAGCAACGGGAGCUCACCCCGUCACAGGGAUUCGAACCGCCAACCUUCUGAUCAACAAGCCCUAGGCUCAGUGGUUUAUCCCAACACAGCUAGCUACCUGUAAUAAAGAUUUAUUUUAUCUUAUCUUAUCUUAUCUUAUCAUAUCUUAUCUUAUCUUAUCACGCCCCUAUCCAAGCUGGUAUCCGUCUGUCUCAGGAGAUAACCAAGCAGUGUCAAGGCCCAUUCAGAGCACCUUAUUUCCCUUGAAGAAUUCUGGGCACUGCAGUUACAAUUCCUAGCAACCAUUUAGAAACUAGCCAGCACCGGUGGGAGUUGUCGCUGGCACCCAUCUGUCUCGGGGAGAAAAUAGAGGAGUGCGCCUUUGGGGUUGAGGUCAAACUGCUGGAAGGUUGCAGCACCUGCUAUGGCUGUUGACACUGAUACAGGAGAGACAUGUUUCGUUGCAGUUGGGGCAGAAGAAGGCAUUUGUUUGUGCUGCUGAAGAUGCACCAUGGCGUUUUGACUCACUGCGCUUCUCCCAGCGGUCAUUCCUCCUCUGCUCACGGCUAUGGAUAUGCAACCUGACUGUCUGUCUCCAGGCACUGCGGUCAUCUGCAAAAGAUUCCCACAUGGUGGGGUUGAUGCUGCCAGUGUUCAUGUCAUGUUUGCAGACAUAGCACAGAGUUGAAGCCAGCUCCCUGUGGAGCACACCCUACUAGCAUUCAAAAGAUUAGUGAGACAGGACUCCCCUUUGCAGAAGCCAUGCUGAUUCUUCUCCAGCAAAUUCUUCAUUUUCUUCUAUAUGCUUGGUGAUCUUAUUCUUCUUAACGCUUUCCACCAAUUUACAAAUGUAAUGCACCUUCAGCUAACUGGAUUCCCCCCCGCAUGAUCACUUUCUAGUCCUCCGGGGCAGAGGUCAGCCUUAGGACAGGUUACAUAUUUUGCUAGCAAUUUGGCAUUUGAUUUCUUUGACAAAUUGGAUAGAACAGGAUACAGCCUUGACCUGGUGCUUUGUUCCCUUUUUAAAUUGUAAUUGCGGCCUAGAAUUUCAUCUCCUGCCACCAGUAUUUGCCUCGUUCUUCAGACCCCCUUCUUUGAAAAGUCAGUUCGGGCACAGGGAUCUCGUCCACAUUUUCUGCCAUGAAGACAAAAGGCAAAGGAUCCUGCUUUUCUGCCAUCUCCUCCUCUUCCUUUUUAGCACACAUUUAAGUCUCCUGUCAUCCUAACAGUCAAGCUGUUUCCCUGCUUCUGAGGCAUUUAAAGACUUUUGAACAUGUUGGAGUUAACAUUUUAAUGAUGUGUCCCUCGAUUGUUUUUAUUUUCCACACCCUUUACAGUCUGCUAACAUUUCUUCGGCCAGACUUUUAGGUUCCUAUUUGUCCUAAUUUCAGCAAGUCUUCCAUUUUCUGAAGGAAGCCUUGUUGCUUCUCGUACUCGUAGCUUCUUUGACUCUUGCUAGUUGACCAUGUCAACAUCUUUCCCUUGUAGUAAACUUCUGGUAUAUAUCCUAGCUCUGCUUCUAUUAUUAUAGUUUUGAAUAACCCCUAAGCAUUCCGGAGAGAUUUCACCCUCUUGGUGAAUGCUCCUUUUUUCUUCCUUUUUCUUUACCGAUUCCCUUCUUUUGCAGGAAAGUUUCCAAAGUCCAGUGUCUUUCUGCAAGAAGUGCCACUUGGUUUUCCUAAAACCAGUCUUUUAUCCAAGAGGGGAAUGCAGCUGAGUCUAGGGUGACCCAUGGCACAAAAGGAGAUUUCAGUUGUGUUUGCAGAACCAGCUCUGGACGUUUUCAGGCGAAUUUUGUGCCUGAAAAAUAGGGCAAUUCUCUCUCUCUCUCUGUGUGUGUGUGUGUCUGUUUGUCCUUGGUCAAGUCAUGAGUUCUUUGCAGAAAACCUUGCAUGUCUAGACGUAUAAAGGUUAAAUUCAGGACAUGGUGGGGACGUAUGGGGAGGCGGGGACAAAUAUUUUCAUACCCCUGGCCCUUUAAAUUGCAGACUCCACCUCCCCAAUAUUAACAUUGUCUAAAAAGCAUUUUGGGUGUCUGCUGCACAUCACUUAAGAGAGUUGCGCCUGUGUAGCAUUGACCACAGACCAUGUUUUCAUCAUUCUCAAUUCCGUCCUAUCCCCCUACCUUGACUGGGGGUCAGUAUUUUGACAGGUUUAAAGACUAUCUCAAUCUUUCGAAGGUCAUCCUGGAGAUCAUCGAGGAUCGGAAGAGAGGGCAGGCUGGUUUCCCGGUCUGGGGCCCCCUUGACUGCAAUGAUGUGCCCCCGGGACCCCUUGAAGACCACUUGGGGUUCCUGGCUCAGUGGGCCACCAGCAGCGGGAGCAGCAGCUCCGAGGGUGGGGCGAAUGGCGAGGCGUCGCAGACCCCCCAGCAAGCCACCAAAGGGAUGCUUUGCAACUUCUGCAAACAUAACGGCGAGUCCAAAAACGUCUACACCUCCCACCCGCUGAAACGGCCCGACGGGGUGGUGGCCUGCCCCAUCCUACGCAACUACACCUGCCCGCUCUGCGGCGCGACAGCCGGCAAGGCCCACACUCUUAAAUACUGCCCGCUCAACCAGGAGAAGCAAUCGCUGUAUCGCAAGUGUGGACGCAACUCUGCCGGGCGCAAGGUCAAGAGAUAAAGCCCAGGAAUGAAGAACCACCAACCCACAAGUACUGUAAUCAAGAACCAGAGAUAAGACAGAACACAUCGCCAGGCAACAUUUUUGACACCGGCAACACCUAAAAAGCCAACUUCGUUUGCCCCUACCCAACCUCCUCUUUCAAAAUAUAUUUAAAUUAAGACAUUUAUUUUGUAUUAUUUGCUUGGAAGGUGAUGAAUGCUGCAACAAGUAAUCUUUUUAAAAAGACAUUGGGACAUGCGUGAUAUCAUGAAAAUGCACCUUGCUUCAGUUUGAUGAAUGGAAAUCAGCCUAGUUUGUUUCCCAACAUCUGUGAGUUUAUAACACUUUUGUUUCUUGCUUUUUUAAAAUGUCUGCAAUUGUCUUAAAUUUUUUCAGGGCCACUUGUUGCCUGGAUGGAAGCAGCUAUUUCCCCCUCAAAGAAUUCUAAAACAAAUCCCAAAGUUGCCAUUUUGUUUCUUAUAUCAUGUGUGUUUUGUAUAUAUGAGAAAAGUUUAUAUGUUUUAAAAAGAAAUAUUUUUAUAUAUAUUUUAAAAAGAAAAGUAUUUAUAUCUAUAUUGGUUCUUAUCUAAACUCUUGGGGUGGUGGUGUUUGCAAUUCAGAAGUUUUUUGGUAUUAUGGAUGUUUUGUUCCGGUGACGUCUGAGAUUGUUCAAGUUUAAUAAACAAGUUUUUUAUUGUUCUUGCAUCAAAUCAUUGCCUUUCUCAGUUUUGUUCUUGCAUCAAACUGUUGAAUUUUCUUCAAGCGGUUCCCUGCAAGAGUUCAGGCAACAACAGCCUGAUUGUAACGUGGAGAGUUUACAGUACUUGGAAGUAGGUCCUGCUUAGGCCAAUGGGGCAUAUUGCCUUGUAAAUACCUCUAGGACUGUGCAUAAAUCUUGUGCACAAACAUGGAAUCAAACUGGCUUAGAUAGCAGGACUUUUUGGGAAGAUCACCUGUUGA